AUGGCCUAUACUGACACUGUAAGGAGGAGGCCUUAUUCCUGGGUGGUCAUGAAAGUUCUGAAUCUUCAAAAGACUUCCUCUCAUACUACCCCAGCAGGAAGGAGGCAUGACGCCUCAUUACCACCAUGGGAGGUGGAAGUCCAAGCUCCCCAUAUGGUCUCCACUAACACCAUGGAAGAAGGGCCUUGUUCAUCACCUGGUGGAAGAUGCUUUUCCUUCCGUCCAGAACCAGAUCCUUAUUGUCAAGCUAAAUACACAUUCUGUCCAACUGGCUCACCUAUCCCAGUUAUGAAAGGUGAUGAUGUCAUUGAAGUCUUUCGGUUACAAGCCCCAGUAUGGGAAUUUAAAUAUGGGAACCUCCUGGGACACUUGAAAAUUAUGCAUGAUGCCAUUGGAUUCAAGAGUACUUUAACUGGCAAGAUCUACACAAUGGAAUGGUAUGAACUUUUCCAUCUUGGAAACUGUACAUUUCCCCAUCUCCGACCUGAAAUGAACGCCCCUUUCUGGUGUAAUCAAGGAGCUGCCUGCUUUUUUGAAGGAACUGAUGAUAUUCACUGGAGGGAAAACGGGACGUUAGUUCUAGUAGCAACCAUAUCAGGAAACACAUGUAACGAAAUGGCCAAGUGGGUAAAGUGGGACAAUGAAACAGGGAUUUAUUACGAGACAUGGACUGUCCAAGCUAGCCCAGCAAGAGGGGCGGAGACAUGGUUUGAAUCCUACGACUGUUCUAAAUUCGUGUUAAGGACAUAUAAGAAGUUGGCUGAACUUGGAGCAGAAUUCAAAAAGAUAGAAACCAACUAUACGAGAAUAUUUCUUUACAGUGGAGAACCUACCUAUUUGGGAAAUGAAACAUCUGUUUUUGGGCCAACAGGAAAUAAGACUCUUGCUUGAGCCAUAAAAAAAUUUUAUUACCCCUUCAAACCACAUUGGUCAACUAAGGAAUUUCUCUUCAGUAUCUUGCAAAUUUUUGAUGCAGUGAUUAUACACAGAGAGUUCUAUUUGUUUUAUAAUUUUGAAUAUUGGUUUUUACCUAUGAAAUUCCCUUUUAUUAAAGUAACUUAUGAAGAAAUCCCUUUACCUAACAGAAACAAAACACUCUCUGGUUUGUAA